AUGUUGGGCUGGUGUCAAGCGAUAGCUCGUAACCCUCACAGACUCCCAAACAUCACAAGAACACCCGAGGUCUCAGGUGAUGCUUCACAUACCUCUACCUUGAAUGACAAAUCCCCAGGGCGCUCUACAAGUCGAUCAAGUAACAUUUCAAAGGCAAGCAGUCCUACAACAGGAACAGCUCCUAGGAGUCAGUCACGGUUGUCUGUAUGCCCUUCUACUCAGGACAUCUGUAGGAUCUGUCACUGUGAGGGAGAUGAUGAAAGCCCCCUCAUCACACCAUGUCGCUGUACAGGGACCCUACGCUUUGUUCAUCAGGCCUGCCUGCACCAGUGGAUUAAAAGCUCAGAUACACGCUGUUGUGAACUCUGCAAGUAUGACUUUAUAAUGGAGACCAAGCUCAAACCUCUCUGGAAGUGGGAGAAACUACAGAUGACAACAAGUGAAAGGAGGAAGAUAGUCUGUUCAGUUACAUUCCAUAUUAUUGCUAUUACCUGUGUUGUUUGGUCAUUGUAUGUUUUAAUAGAUCGGACUGCUGAGGAAAUUAAGCAAGGCAAUGACAAUGGUGUCCUUGAAUGGCCAUUUUGGACAAAACUGGUUGUGGUAGCAAUUGGGUUCACUGGAGGCCUAGUCUUCAUGUACGUACAGUGUAAAGUCUACAUUCAGUUGUGGCGCAGAUUGAAGGCUUACAAUCGAGUGAUCUUUGUUCAAAACUGCCCAGACACUGCCAAAAAACUGGAGAAGAAUUCUUCAUGCAUUCAGAACUCUGAAAUCAAGGAUGCUGUGGUAGUGCCAGUAUCACAGACAGGUACAAACUCUCAGCAAUCAGCUGAAGAAAUGACCUCUGAAGUCAUGCCAGUUUGA